UUUCAGUGAUAUAUUUCCAUUGAAAAAUUCAAGAUAAUGAAUUUUUGAGUUAAAAAAAUAAUUCAGAUAAAUCAUUUUAAAGAAUUUUUUUUAUUAAAACGAUUUUAUACUUUUUUUUAUGAUUAUUGUGGUUUCCAAUCAUUUUUAAUAAAAAAAAAAUGAGUUAAAAUUUUUUUUAAAUCAUUUUUCUUUAUUAAAGCUUGUGCUAUUUCUUUAUUUUUAAUAAAAAAGAGUCAACUACAUAUAAAAAAAAUACUUUCAGUAAAAAAAAACUUUAAGUUCGUAAUUUUUUAUUCGAAAAAAGAAUUAAAUGAUUUUUUUAAAAAUCCUUUUAAGCAAUUGAUUUCGAAAAAUCUUUUAAUUCAAGAGGAAAUCGUACCUAUAAGAAUUAAGUUAAUUUGAAAAAUUCUUUUAAUUUUUUUUAAUUCAAGACAAUCAGUUUUUGACUUAAAAAAUAUUUUUCAAAAUCAUUCAAUGAAUAAGACGAUCUCUUGUAAUUUUCAUUUAAAAAACACUUACUUAGAAAAUAUAUUUGAAGUCUAUCCAUUUUUUUUAGUAAAAUUUCGUUUAAAUUAAACUUUAGUUUUAUUUUUAAUAAAGAGAGUCAAGUGAAAAAAAAUAUAUCAGUUAAAAAAAUUUUAACUGCUCUUUUUGUAAAAAUGAAUUAAAAGUUCUUUUAAGAAAUGAUUUUAAAAAUUCUUUUAAAAAAUUAAUUCUAAUAAUAUUACUUUGAAAAAAUCUUUCAAUUCAAGAAUGAAUAGAAUUAAAAUUUUUUUAAGUGAGUUAAAAUUCUUUUACCUAAACUCUUUUAAAAAUUCUUUUAAUUUUUAUUAAAAAGAAUUGAAGUUUAAGUUAAAAUUCUUUGAAAUAAAAGAAAUUCAAAAACUGUUAAAAUAAUUCAUUUAAGGAAACUUUGAGACUCUUCAUGAAAUUUUGAUUCCUUCCUGCAUGCUCAUGCAAUCUCUUUCAACAUGAAACUCGCAUGAAAAGCUCAUGAAGCCCCCAAAGGCAAAUCCCUGCAGGAAGCUAAAUUAAUCCAUUGAAAAUGAUGCGACGAGUAAGUCUACGACCCCCAUCUCGGAGCCCCUCGAGGAGGCAAUCCAUGGUCAAGGGGAUUGUCCAGCACAAUACCAGUCUCUACACAAGCUCCCUUGUCUUCGGGAUUGUGGCACAGAAGCCCCGCCGGAAGGAUAUUGACUUUGGGGAUUUAUUCGAUGGGAAAUUGCGUUUCUAUCGCAACCCAAUGACCAUUACGGAUCAAAUUGGGAGCAUAAUGAAUAAGAUCUGCGAGGGACGCGUCGAGGAGGAGUCUGAGUAUCGACGGUACAACGCGAAGAAGUGCAAAAUUCUGUGUCAACUCCUCGCGCAGGAUAUCAAAAGGGCCGUCAAGGGGAUGGGAAUGCGUCGCUACAGAAUCGUCACAAUGGUCAGCAUCUUCCCCAAAUACCAACAGGGUAUCACGUGUGCUAUGCUGUUCUUCCAGGAUCCCUCCGUUGAUCUCUUUUCCAAUCACAAAUACGAAACACCAACAUUCUUUAUUCUCUCCACUGUUUAUCUCAUUUACAAGGACUAACAGGAAAAUAAUUU